AUGUCCAGCUCAGCUGAACUGAAUUCCAACUCCAAGUCCCUGCCUGUGGCGUGGCGCGGCCGGGCACGGGUGCGGCGGCGGCAGGCGGGCGAGGCCAGCGGCUCCUGGUGGCUUCGCGGCGGCUGUCGGCGAGCGCCCGCGCCCUGCCCUCCUUCCGGGGCCCCGGGCCGGGGAUGCGCGCGGCUCCCGGAGGCCAUGGUCCGCUUCGGGGACGAGAUGGGCGGCCGCUAUGGGGGCGCGGGCGGCGGGGAGCGGGCCCGGGGCGGCGGGGCCGGCGGCGCGGGGGUCGCGGGUCCCGGGGGUCUGCCGCCGGGCCAGCGGGUCCUGUACAAGCAGUCGAUCGCGCAGCGAGCGCGGACCAUGGCGCUGUACAACCCCAUCCCGGUCAAGCAGAACUGCUUCACCGUCAACCGCUCGCUCUUCGUCUUCAGUGAGGACAACGUCGUCCGCAAAUACGCCAAGCGCAUCACCGAGUGGCCAUAUCCUGCCGGCGGGGCGGGGGCGCGAGUGCCGCGCGUGCGUGCGGGGACGGGGCUGCCCGCGCACGUGCUCGCGGGGGUCCUCCGCCGCCCGGGGCAGGGGCGCAGGCUGCUGGCGGGGCGCUGUCCGCGGUGCUGA